AUGAUCAUCUAUCGCAAGUCGCUCAUGGGCCUCGCGCUGCUCUGGAAAUGCAACGGCUCAGCGCUGCCGCGUGCGCUCAUCCCAGCCAUCUUCUCUUCCGCGGUUGCCGUCUUUUUCGAGCUGUACGUCUUUUGCUACAUCACCGCGUUUGCGCUCGUCUUUCGCACCAAUACCGCUUACGCGCGGUACUGGGAGGCUCGGCUGGCCUGCGCGACGAUGGCCUCCAAGUGGGGCGACGCGGCGGCCAUGGCGCUCGCCGCCGCGCAGGCCGCCUCUCCGCCCGUGACUCACUCGUCGCCGCUCGUCGGCUCGCUGCUCGGUGCGUGGCGCGAGCCGCUCGACGCCGGCGCCCAGCUCCACCUCCGGCCUCCGGGACGCAGCUGCCUCUGGCCCGGCACUGCCCGGCCACCGCCCGCGUGA